AUGAAGCAGUCUCAUCUGGUUGCGGCUCUGGCCGUUGUAUUCAGCUCGGCCCUAAACGGAGCCUACGCUUUGCCCCAGCGAGGUCAAGGUCAAGAUGUGCGCGCUCUCAACAACAAUAAUGCUAAUAACAACCUCAAUAAUAACUCGAGCGCGGCUGACUCUUCUGCUAAGGGUCAACUCCAGCAAUUGCCAAACGUCGGCAACUCUGCCAACGCCGGAAAUGCGGAGGAUAGCGGGAACGCUGGUGGAUCUAAAGGUGCCAACGCCAAGGCGCAAAACCAGGCGCAAUCACAAGCUGAGUCCGGAGCUGGAUCUGCUGGCGCUGCGGCUGGCGGACUUGUACCGCUUCCCGGCGCACAAGUGACCGCCGGCCAGCUGGUCGCGCUCCCGGAUGAAUCCAGCACCUCAGCUGCCGCAGUGAACGCCGCCAGCACAACCAGCGCGGCGCUGAAGUCUUUAGGAGCUCAAAGCAGCUCCAGUGCCGCUAUGGCAGCUGGAACAACCGCCGCCGCCGUAGCCCAGACGUCGAAAGCCAUCGCCGUUGCCUCAUCCGCCGCCGCAAGCAUCCAGAGCUUCCAGCAGAUCCCGCCCGCCGCAACGAACGCCGUCGCUUCCUCCGCGGCGGCUAACAUCGGCGUGCUGGCCAACGCGAGCAACGUAGCCGUGGCCGCCACUACUAGCAGCAGUGCGGCUUCGAUCCAGGGCUUCCAGACCAUCGCCACCGCAGCGGCCGCGGCAAACGCUUCGUCGGCCGCGGCGCUCGAGGCCCUUACCCCGGGCGCCGUGGCCACUCCGAGUCUGGCGGGUUUCUCUAACAACAGUCUUGCGACCGGAGCCGCCGGCGCUGAAGCCACGGGCGCGGCUGCUGCUGGUGCUGCUGUUGGGUCCGAAUCAGCCGGUCUCGCUGCGCUGCCCACCGCCGAGGCAUCCGGUUCCUUGCAGGCGCUCCCCGGCGCCGGAAACGCGGAAGCUACGGGCGCUCUGCAGGCGCUACCCGGCGAAGCCACGGCGUCGGUGUCGUUGCAGGCGCUUCCCACCGCGGGCAGCGAGUCGGAGUCCGGGGCCGGGGCCGGGGCGCUGCAGCCGCUGCCUAGCGCGGCUUCCGGCAGCUCUAGUAACGCCAACACGAACGCGGGCUCCGGUUCCGACUCUGUUUCUGAUGUUAGCGCGGCCUCUACUACGGCCGUCCAGGCCCUUCCCGCGGAAACCUCGGGCACCCUGCAGCAGCUCCCCGGCGUGCAGGAGACGACGGGGUCGCUGGCGUCGCUGGCGUCCGGCGUCGCGAGCCCUACGGCUGGCGCGGCGGGCGCGAUUGCUACUUCCGCUGCGUCGAAUGGCUCGGUGCCUGUGGUUGCAGUUAGCGGCGCUGCUGCGGCGCGCGAGGGGGCUGGUGGUGUGGUGGUUGUGGUUGUGACGGCUUUGGUGGCGGGGUUGGUGGGGUCGUUGGGGCUUUGGGUUUUGUGA